AUGAUGUCUGUUAGUUCUGGAAGCGAAAGACAUCGAUCACAUCGUCUCCUUGACAUCAGAGCUCAUGAUACACCCGAUGACUUGUGGAUGGUUAUUCACAAUAAAGUUUAUAAUGUAAGUUCUUUUGUUCUGGAACACCCUGGAGGUGUGGAAGUGUUGUUUGAUUGCGGUGGCGUAGACGCAACCGAAGGAUUUGACGAUGUGGGUCACUCUGAACGAGCAGUGAUGAUGCUAGAACCGUACUAUAUUGGUGAUGUUGCACCCGAAGAUCAAAAACGAGGGUCUAGUUUAAGGAGCUCAGCACAGUCAAGGGAGCCGCUGGAAGGUACCGAAAAGACUGUAGGAAAGCAAAUUAAGGAGAACGUUCAUAAUUUUGUGGGACCAAAUCUUGCACUUUUAUUGUUUGCGGCAUUGGCAAUUUCCUCCCUUGUAUUAUAUUUGGGAUUGCAAAGAACAAAGUUACCGAGGUGA